GAUGGAGGAGGAGGAGGAGGAGGUGGAGGAGGAGGAGGAGGAGUUGAGGCAGACCAACUUUUGGACGCACCGGUGGAGUCGCUUCACUCCUCCGUAAACCUCCUGCUGCUCCGCUCUAAACUGAUUAAACUAAUGACGGUGAUUAAACCGGAUCAGAUCGGUGGAUCCACAUCCUCAGCCCGGAUCGUCUCGUUCAUCCCUUCAGGAUCUGCAGCUUCUGUUUUCCACCGGUCACCUCCUGCUCUCCUCUCCUGCCUCAAACUCACGAAUCACGGAGGAGAAACUCACUUGAGGCAGGAGCUGGCUUCGUUUUCGGAAUUUAAAUAUAGAAACGCGGUUUGUGAGCAUCUGGUCUCUGACUGGAGGAUCAAAGUGCAGUGAGGUGCUGAUGUGAUCCGGAUUCCUGCGGCUCUUCCGUCUGACAUUAGGAGAAAUCACGGCAGCUUCCUUCACGCCACUUUCCCUCCUCACUUCGUCGCUCUGCGGAUUUUUAAAGUCACGUUUUCUACUUUUCCUCCGCCACCUGACGAAGCCUCCGAGCGACGGCAGCUGGAGGACGUUUUCAGUGUUUGAUUUAAAAUGUUCCGAAUCAGCUCUCACCUGGAUUCUCCUGGAGGUUUUUGCUCCGCUGUAAAACUCUUCAAGGAAUAAAUUCAAGGUUCUGUUUUGGCUCUGCACGUCUGAGAAAUUCUGUAGUUUUCUUCCAAUCCAAUGACAUUAAUUGCCUUUAUUGUGAAAAAUCCGGAACCUGUGGAUUUAAUCUCCAAAGACUCACUUUCAGAUUAGUUUUACUCACUUUUCUUUCACAUUAUUGUGUUUUCAGUUUUUCCUGGGGGAGAGGAAACCGUGGUGGAGCUGAAAGUUUCCUCAUUCACUCUACUUUCUGUCAAACCGAAAUUUAAUUAAGAGGAGCCGAGGGCAGAGCCCUGAGGACCAGUUAUUUCAUCUUAUUUACCAGCCCUUUUCCAGUUGAAGGUAUUUUCUAAAAUCACAUUUUUCCUCCUUGUUGUGCCUUGAAACCCCAGAGGAACCUUUUGGACCUUAAAAGAAAUUCUGGUGAUCUCUUAGUAAAAUAAACAAUCCUGGAGGAACCUUAAAAACCCUCUAAAACCUCUAGAGGAACCACAGAGACCCGGGAAAUUCAGGGACUACUGAGAACCUGGAGGAAACUGAAGAAUGCCAAAGAACCUCAGAGAGUCUCUAAAGUACCUGAAGAGUGUUUGGUAAACUUUGAUCUAGAUCCUAGAGGAACCCUGAGAACUGAUGUAAGGAAUUCUGAACAAAGUAAGGGGACGCUUAGGUCCUUGGAGCCUCAGGAGGGAACUGAAGUACCAUUAUGAGCUCUACAAACCACAAAGACUUUGACUUGGAUUAUGUUUAUAGACUUUGAUGUUCCCAACACUGGGAACUCCCAAAACCCUAACAGAAUCUGAGGACAGCGGGAGACCUUGAGAACCCCAAGACUUUAGUACUUUGAGGAUCCGUAUACAGACCCCAAGAUUCAGGGGAAAUCUGGGGACAACAGAGGAACCCCCAAAAAAUCCAGAGUAACCCUGAGAACUCCUCAGGACCCCCCCACAGGACCAAUGGGCACCCUGCGGGACCUUCAGUAUGCCCUUCAGGAGAAGAUUGAGGAGCUGCGGCAGCGAGACGCCCUGAUCGACGAGCUGGAGCUGGAGCUGGAUCAGAAGGAUGAGCUGAUCCAGCGGCUGCAGAAUGAGCUCGACAAGUACCGGUCCGUGAUCCGGCCUGCCACCGCCCAGCAGGUCCAAGCCCAGCAGCAGAGCCUCGUCCUUCAGCCGGACCAGCACCGCAGCAAGAGGCAGGCCAUCUCCGCAGAGCCUACCGCCUGUGAUAUCAGCGCCCUGAGCCACGUCACCCUGCCCUUCUACCCCAAGAGUCCAGAGUCGAAGGAGCUGAUAAAGGAGGCCAUCUUGGACAAUGACUUCAUGAAGAACCUGGAGCUGUCUCAGAUCCAGGAGAUUGUGGACUGCAUGUACCCAGUGGAUUAUGGGAAAGACUCCUGCAUCAUCAAAGAAGGCGACGUGGGCUCGCUGGUCUUCGUGAUGGAAGAGGGUAAGGUGGAGGUGACUAAAGAGGGGAUGAAGCUAUGCACGAUGGGACCGGGCAAAGUGUUCGGAGAGCUGGCCAUCCUCUACAACUGCACCAGGACAGCCACUGUCAGGACUCUGACCCACGUGAAGCUGUGGGCCAUCGACCGUCAGUGCUUCCAGACCAUCAUGAUGAGAACUGGACUCAUCAAACACGCUGAAUACAUGGACUUCCUCAAGAGUGUUCCCACCUUCCAGGGUCUUCCGGAGGAAACGCUCAGUAAACUGGCCGAUGUUAUGGAGGAGACUCAUUAUGAAGAUGGAGAGUACAUCAUCAGACAGGGAGCCAGAGGAGACACCUUCUUCAUCAUCAGCAAGGGAAAGGUGAACGUGACCCAGGAGGACUCAGCCAAUCAGGAGCCAGUACACCUCAGAGAGCUCACCAGAGGAGACUGGUUUGGAGAGAGAGCGCUGCAGGGGGAGGACGUCAGAACAGCCAACGUGAUUGCUGCUGACACUGUCACCUGCCUGGUCAUCGACCGAGACUCAUUCAAGCAUCUGAUUGGUGGAUUGGACGAUGUUUCAAAUAAAGGUUACGAGGAUGCUGAAGCCAAAGCCAAAUAUGAGGCAGAAAACACCUUCUUCUCCAGUCUGAAGCUGAACGACUUCAACAUCAUCGACACACUGGGAGUUGGUGGCUUUGGACGUGUCGAGCUGGUGCAGCUGAAGAGUGAGGAAGCGAAGACGUUCGCCAUGAAGAUCCUGAAGAAACGUCACAUUGUGGACACGAGACAACAGGAGCACAUCCGCUCUGAGAAACACAUCAUGACCGAGGCGCACUCCGACUUCGUUGUCAGGUUGUACCGGACCUUUAAAGACAGUAAAUAUCUGUACAUGUUGAUGGAGGCCUGUCUGGGAGGAGAGCUGUGGACCUUACUGAGAGACAGGGGUUCGUUUGAAGACUCGACCACCAGGUUCUACACGGCCUGUGUGGUCGAAGCCUUCGCCUACCUGCAUGCCAAAGGCAUCAUAUACAGAGACCUGAAACCUGAGAACCUCAUUCUGGACAGCCGAGGAUACGCCAAGCUGGUUGACUUUGGUUUCGCCAAGAAGAUUGGUUUCUGUAAGAAGACGUGGACGUUCUGCGGCACUCCAGAGUAUGUCGCUCCAGAGAUCAUCCUAAACAAGGGUCAUGACGUCUCAGCAGAUUACUGGUCUCUGGGCAUCCUGAUGUUCGAGCUGCUGACUGGCAGUCCUCCGUUCUCAGGUCCAGAUCCAAUGAAAACCUACAACAUCAUCCUGAGAGGCAUUGACAUGAUCGAGUUCCCCAAGAAGAUCACCAAGAACGCUGCCAACCUCAUCAAGAAGCUCUGCAGAGAUAAUCCCUCAGAGAGACUGGGAAACCUGAAAAAUGGAGUCAAGGACAUCCAGAAGCACAAGUGGUUUGAAGGUUUUAACUGGGACGGUCUGAGGAAAGGAACUCUGACUCCACCCAUCAUACCUGAUGUUUCUUCUCCAACCGACACCAGUAACUUUGACAGUUUCCCUGAAGACGCAGAUGAACCGCCGCCAGAUGACAACACUGGUUGGGACUAUGACUUUUAAGUUCCCACCCACCAGCUUGCACCCCAACCCAAAACCUGAAACUCUGCCAAGACAAAGAAGAAGAUAUUUCUCACCAGGCUAGAUAAAGACAAGAUACAUGUGCUGUUCAGUGGAUGUUUCUAUGUUGGAUCUUGGGGGAAUCAAACUCCCACUGUUUUGGAGCCACUUUGUGUCGCCAAAUGAUCUGAUUACUAAGUGUGCAGAAGGCUAUAAAUGGAAAAGGACUGGAGGUCUCCCAUUGAUCAAACUGGUCCAGUUUGUACUAUCUAAUGGGAGGAAUCCUGCUGUAGUACCAGAGAGCUGGAAGAUGAAGUGGAUCAAGAAUCAAACAAACGGUCUGUUCAUGUCAAUGGUAGGUCCCAAGUGUCAUCUCGACUUUUGCAGCUUGAGAAGGCCAUCAUAGCACCUCCAUAUUUUAGAAAGCUGUCAGGUCUCUGGAAAAUUAUCACUCCACCCACAAAUGUGCCAAUGACCAGAAAAGAUGUUUUUGCAAAGCUCCGAGUGUUUGAACCCAGAACAACUGUGAUUACUUGUUUGGCUGCAGCUGAACUCUGGGUAUGGUCAUCCAUCAGCAGUGAGACAGUGAGGGUCUUGCAAGUCAAUUGUUUAUCAUGUUUCCCAGAGCAGGAAAUCAGUCCUAAAAGUCUUAGAGUAAACAAUGUGUGGUCCUGCUUUUCUACAAAAAGGUACAAUUUAAUUUUCACAAACUGGGAAAAUCAUCCCAGCUCCUUCAGAUUUCAGACAGCUGUCCACAUAAAAAAGCCAACAGUGCAGAAAAGGUGUCUUUUUAAUGCCUUUCAGCGACUCAGAGAAAUAUGAACCCAGAACAACCCAGAUCCCUUACUUCGCUGCAUCUGAACUUUGGGUAUCUUCACCCAUCAGCAGUCAGUCACACAUUAUAGGCCUUGCUUAGUGUCCCUUCAUAAUGCUGCAACACAGAGAGGAAGCCUAGAUGUUCAUCAGCUGGCCAGAAAUCUGAUUCUUAACCCUGUCAGUGAAACUACCUGAGGCUGAAGCUGGUACAUCUGGAGGUGUCCAGCAAAAUCAAAUGGUCACAAAGUGCUUCCCAGAGGAACAAGUGAGGCUGGGUUCUCAACAUGGGACAAGAGUUCCCUGGGACGAUAAGACUCCAGAUUUUCUUUGUGGCCCUUGCUUUACAAAAUUGUUUGAAAAUAUGCACCAUUAAAGUGGGCCCAAAGGUGUCCCCUGGAUUUUUAUCCAAACUUCAGGCCCUGUCUUAUUGAGGAGCCCUGUGUCAAAACCUACUUUUAGUAAUACCUUUAAUAUUUCUGUUAAUUUUAUUCUAACACGGUGCACAUCAUUCUACAAAUUUGUGGUUAAUCCAACUGAUGUACAGCAGAGACAUUUAACAGCUUAGAGGUACUGGUUGGUUUCUGGGACUGUGGCCACUCUUUGCUGGGGAACAUUUAUGGGUUGGUUCUCAUUGGGGGCCUAAAAUAAUGUUUGCCACAGGGCCCUCUAGUGGGUUAAACCUGCCCUAGCAACAGAGGGCCUAACAUGGUGAAAAACAAGUGGGAAAACAUCUCAUGUUUCCUUUUCCGAGAAGCUAACAAAAGGCUUUGAAUCAUCCCUUAAGAUAUGUCUGAAGAAUUUCACAGACACUACAGAUAUGUUCUCCUCAGCCAGUGGAAAGCUUCUGUUCCUGUCAAGUGUCCUUCAUCACUUUCUGACACUUGAACUUUGGCCCCUCUGAGGUAGAUCUAUUUACUAUUACCUGUCCUGUGACAUCUGGAGUUUCUGUUCCACAGUUUGGAGACACCCAACCCCCCCAGGCUGGAGGAUGUUCGAGUUCCCCUGCUGCAGGAUUAACCUCUGGACAGAGUGACAACCAGAUGCCACAAACCACAGGAGGAAAAGUUAACUGCAGACUGAACAGACAAGGUUAUGGUCACCAUGAUGCCUUCACUUCUCACUUCAUUUUUGGGACAGAAAGAAGACAGAAAGACAAACAGUUUGGAUAAAGCAGCUGUUGUGGAUGAUGGGGAGGUGAUACGAACAUUUCUACUUUAUCAUUCUUUAUGUUGUGCAUUUUUGAAUUGCAGCAUGAGAACAGAUAUUUUGUACAUAUUUCCAAGACUUCCUACUAAUUUUUGCACACAGCCACCAAUACUCAAUUCUCACAACACAUGCAUGAGUUGGUUGAAUUUCUUAUUGUUUGUUUCAAGGUGUUUUAAGACCAAGCAUGUUUCAGGAUUGCCAGAAUAGAUCUGAAGCUUUUUGUUUAAAGAGUAUGAAGAUAGUGUCUCUAAGGCUCGUGAUAUACUUGCUUUUUCACAGCUUGUUGUACUGUUGUGUAAACUGAAGCUGGAACCAGCAAAUAAUUAUUCUUUAAAAAUAAACAGAACUAAACUGAUUAAUUUAUUUGCAACUAUCUAACCACUCUGUUAAUCUGCUGAUCUUGGCAACUCUUAGACUGAUGAUUUCAAAGGUUAACUGCUGCUAUUACCUUCACCACAAUGAUGUCAACAGGGCGGACAAAUCAGUCACUGAUUUGUUAGAGUUCAUUAACCCCCCUUCCCAAACAACUAACAUGUAUGCCAUGUCACGGUGAAUAAUGAAAACUUUCAUUUAUGUGCUCAUGUAUUUAUGCAGCCGGUCCCAGGCGUAUUUUAGGAUGUUGGUAGGACAAUUUAUGGUCCUGCUGGUGAUGCUAGCGCUGCAUCUGAGCCUCUUUCAGUCUAUGAUUGGUUGAUGCCUUUAUUCACGGUGUGAAAGCUCAGAAAAAAAAAUUAUGUUGCUUUUGUGUCUGAAAAUACUCAUGACAAAAACAAUGAUUUGACAGAAAAUAUAUUGAUGUGUGAAUUAAUUGUGUGAAGAAGAAAAAAACACCCCCAGUGUGUAAAAACCUUCAGUGUUAUCCAGAGGAUGACAAGCAAACACCAACUAAGUCAAAAGCAAGAAUGUCAGGUCUUUAAAACAGACUGAAUAAGAAAUCCCUCAUACUCUGAGGUCAUCUUUAGUUUCACAGGCUUAUGGUAACUCUGUGACAAAGUGGACAGUCUAACUAGAUACGAUUACAUUUGUGUUGCAUCCACUGUCCAUUGUUAACCAUAAAAGUGAUUAAUUUAUUUAUCUCAGUUUGUAUUUAUACAGUAUUUUGUGGCCUUUUGUAAAAUGAUGUUGAUAGAUGUCUCACUUUGGUACGAAGCCUUUGUAUUAGUAGUCUGAUUUUGCUGUGAUAUUUUUGUAAAAUGAUCAGCGAUGUGACUUCUGUGAGCUCUGCAUGAAACUAUUGGUAACAACAUGUUCGGUUUUCACCACCAGAGGGCAGAAUAGAGUCAGACGCUCAACGACAACAACCCAGGAAGAUGUCAACAUUAGGGUAAAUAUUCUACAGCUAUAUCUCUAUGAGAUGUUCAGGUGGAAAACAGUCCAUGUGUUAAGUACAGAGCUGGAGUCAGAGCAUCAUUAGCCUAGCUUAGCAUAAAGACUCCUACAAAGACCUCUUAAGAUGUCUAAUUAACAUGCAAUAUUUUAUUAUAUCCUGACAAAAACACAAAUAUUAUCUUCAGUGCUGUAACAAGGCUGGUUUAACAUCCUGUCACAUGUCUGGUUGAGUUUAAAUAGGAAGCAAAAAGGACAAAUGUUCUGCUUGCACCGUGAAAAUCAUAAUUACAGCAAAAAAUAAAAAUAAAAAAAAGGAUUAAAAAAGAUGUGUUUGGACCAGAAAGAGAAAUAUUCAUGUUUAUAUUGAUUCUUACUGAUGAUAUUUUGUGGUUAUGAGUUUGUGUCAUGAAGCUCAAGUGUCACUGAUUUAUUUGUAUAUUGGGAGUAUAGUGUUUUAUGAUGUUUGUAUAUUAUUAUUAUUAUUACAGUGCCUGCCAUGGUAGCUGACUCUCUCGCUCUGUCUCAGUUCAAAAAAGCUUUAUGGAAGUGACUGUUAAAAACAAAACAAAAACCAUGUUGCCAAAGCAGUUUGAUCUGUUUAAAAAAAUAAAGUUGUUUAAAAAAACAA